AUGAAAGAUAUUGAAAAGUUGAGACCUGAAGCCGAUAUGCAUCUUAUGGAUAGAGAUCCAAAGACUUGCUCUUUAGCUUUUUUUAGAGCUCACAAUUCAUCUUGUGAGUCUGUGGAGAAUGGAUUUUCAGAGAGUUUUAAUAGUGUCAUUUUGGAUGCUAGGAAGAAACCUAUUAUCAACAUGUUAGAGGAAAUUCGUAUAUAUGUGAAGCAAAAGGAUGGGGGUGGGGAAGAUGUUGUUAUGGGUGAUGCAUUUGAGCCACAUGCUAAAGAAGUUGUGAGGGUAAACGAAUAUGAGGAUGCGGUGAGGGAUAAUGAAGCUAAGGAACUAGGGAAGGUUAAUGAAGUUGUUGGGCGUGUGUAUAGCACAUGUCAACCAAGAAAGAGGAAAAAGUAUGAGAGAAUUCUUAAACUAAAACUUGCUAAGAGGGUUGAAGGUGAAAGUAGUAGUGUUAUAUCGCCAAUGGAGUUGGAUUAA